GUAGGUAUUUAAACACAGCUCGAUUCAUUAAAGAGUCAGUUGAAAAAGCAAUCGAUACUUUCGGCAGCGUUUGCUAUUGUUUCGAAGUAAGCUUUAUUUCGUGAAAUUGUCUACAUAAAUACCUAUGACUAACAAAAAAAUGAAAUUCGUGCAAAUUUUAUUUUCAUCAUUGGUCAUUGCCGGUGUUUUUGGUUCGGAUAAUGAAUGGUGGAAACAUGCCAACAUUUACGAAAUAUAUCUGAGAUCGUUUAAAGACAGCGAUGGCGAUGGAAUCGGCGACAUUAAAGGUCUUAUUUUCAAACUGGACUACCUGGUUGAUAUUGGAGUGGAUACUGUAUACCUGACUCCAUUUUACCCUUCUUCGAUGGCUGAUGGUGGUUACGAUAUAACAGAUUACAAAGGAAUUGAUUCAGUUUAUGGAACUAUGCAAGACUUUGAAGAGCUGAUGAAAGAAAUGAACGCUAAAGGUCUUCAUCUUGUCAUCGACUUAGUUAUAAAUCACAGCAGCGAUGAGCACGAAUGGUUUCAAAAGUCAAUAAAUAAAAUAGCUCCAUACUCCGAUUACUACAUUUGGGCCAAUCCAAAAGGUAACGAUUGGAAUGGCAAACCUAUCCCACCAAAUAAUUGGUUCAGUUUGGGAUCAAUACACGAUAGCGGAAGUGCUUGGACGUGGAACGAGAAUAGAAAACAGUUCUACCUUCAUCAAAUGAUAACAAAACAACCAGAUUUAAAUUUAAGGAAUGAAGAUGUCAAAGCGGAAAUAAAAAACAUAAUGAAGUUUUGGCUGGAAAAAGGUGUGUCAGGAUUUCGAGUGGAUGCACCAAUGAUGUUCAUGGAAGACGAACAACUCAGAGAUAAUCCAACAGUACCUCCUGAUGCAAACAUGUUCACAGUUUUCAGCUUUUGCGAAUACACUUACAAUCACCCAGAUACAUUCAGAUUCAUAGGCGAACUAAACGUAUUUCUUCAACAAUUUGAUCGAAAGAGCAGAAGGAAAAAUCAAACGGUAUUCAUCGGAGAAACAUAUGGAUCAAUGGAGACAGUAAUCAAGUACUACGGAACAAAACGUUACCCACUAUUUAAUUUGCCUCUGAAUUACUUUUCCGUUGAAUUAUUGGGUCGAUAUCUAGAUGCUCAUCAGCUUCACAAUAACCUUCAAACUUGGUUAGAUAAAGUUCCAAAAAAUAUGCAGUCAAGUUGGGCACUGGGUAAUCACGAUUUUGGUAGAGUUGCGCAUUAUUUCACCUCUGAAUAUAACUCCAUUCUAUUGGCAUUGGUAACCAUGUUACCCGGAGCAUCUGUCAUAUAUUAUGGCGAAGAACUUACCAUGGGAGCGAACAAGCUAGUUCCAAAUAAUGAUCCCUACAUGAGAAGUCCUUUUCGCUCACCAAUGCAUUGGGAUGAUACGAGAAAUUCAGGUUUCACCUCUGGUGGAAACGCUUGGCUACCAGUACAUCCAAAUUACUGGCAUUCAAAUGUACAAACUCAAAAAACCUACGAAAACAGCAGUUUGAACUAUUUCAAAGAUUUGACAUCUCUUCGGAAAACUGACACUUUGAAAUAUGGUGAUUUGAAGUUCCACAUCGUAUCCAAAUGGGUGAUGGCCUAUUCCAGAACUUACAAAGGGACCAGUUACAUCAUAGUGAUGAAUUUGGGAACAGAAACUCAGCCCAUAGAUUUAUACGAUGUCGUGAAUAACAUUUCAACAAUUCUGACUGUUGUGGCUUGCAGUCCGAAUUCUGGAUACAAGAAAGGGUAUGAAAUGAAAACGACGCCGAAUUAUCCCACAGCAUCCCUUCUCAGACCACAUUCUGUUGUUGUGCUAAGCUCCAAGUAAUUUCACUCAAGGAAAUGCAAAGUCCACUCAAAAUUCUUCAGAAUGAAACUAAUAUUAACUUUAUAGGUAGUACUCAUUUUUAAGUAUGAAUGAAUAGAAAUAGGUAACUUAUUUUAUAGACUAUCAGCUUGAAAUAAUAAACAGAUAAUAAUACCUCAAUAUCUAAAAUAUUUUUUAAUGCAAAUUAAUACAGGCAGUCAACCCAACGAUAUUUUUCAAGGAAAGUAACUUUAAUAACCUUUUUUCACCAAAAAAGGAACUAAAAAUUUUCAGUUUCGUAAAAAUACUUUUAUCAAUAUUCAUGCACGAAAAUUGAAAGCAAAAAUUUAACAGGAAGGGGAUAGAAACUUUUAUAACAUGAAAAAAAAUCAAUAAAACGAUCAAAAAAUUCAAUCCAGAGACUGUCGAAUGGGAGGUGUGAGAGGAGGUGUGACCCUCCCCCUACCCAGAAAGAAAAAAUUUGUUUAAAAGUUGUGAAUUUUUUGGAAAAAUUGGGUGAACUGGAAAUCCUAAAAUGACCAAUAAAAAUAUUGAAAAUUUUUAGGUGGUGCAAUAAUUAUUGUCUACCUACUUAAAAUUGAUAAUAAAAAAAAAAAAAAAAAAAAAAAAAAAAAAAAAAAAAAAAUA